AUGUCUCUGCUAUUCGCUCUCCUUCUCAUUCCUCUUUGCUUGUCCCAGCCAUACAACCUCCAAACGUCCUUUCCAGGCUCAAACUUCUUUGAUGGCUUCGACUUUUGGACUUCUGCAGACCCAACCAUCGGCUACGUCCACUACGUCGACCAAGCUACAGCUCAACAACAUGGUAUGAUCGAUAUUACUGCUAAUUCUACCCGCUGGGGCGUGGAUACUACUCAAGUUCUCGACCCGUACGCCAAUCUGGGACGACUCAGCAUUAGACUUACGAGCCGACAAAGCUGGACUCAUGGUCUGUUCAUCCUUGAUCUGGAGCACAUGCCUGCCAAUCAGUGCGGAACAUGGCCUGCAUUCUGGUCUCUCGGCAGUGGCACAUGGCCAUAUGGCGGCAAGUCCACCUUCCAUCCCGGCUUAGCUAAGCUGACCCAUCCAAGGCGAGAUCGACAUCAUCGAGCUGCAAACGGGUUUACAGGAUGCGGUGUCUCUGCGACCAAGCCCAACAAUAUCGGCUACGAGUUCUCAGCCAAUCGUGGCGGUGUUUAUGCUAUGGAAUGGACCUCCGCAGCCAUCAAGAUCUGGUUCUUUCCUCGGAACGCCGUUCCAGCUGGUAUCGCCGCCGGCACUCCCGAUCCAACUACAUUCGGCGUACCAAUGGCGAACUUCCAGGGAAGCUGUGAUAUUGAUGCGCACUUUAUGAACCACAAGCUUGUUUUCGACAUUGAUUUCUGCGGGUCGUAUGCUGGUGGUACAUGGCAAGAGCAAUCUUGUCCUGCACUGGAUCCUGCCAAUGGCUGGCAAUCAUGUAACGACUAUGUGGCUGGCAACCCUCAAGCCUUCACCGAGGCCUACUGGCAGGUCAACUACCUCAACGUUUAUCAGAUGGCUGCUGGAUCUUCAACGAUGAGCAGUGUCAGCUCUGUCACGCCUGCUAUAAGGACAAGCUCCGUCAGUACCGCUCUGAGCGCAGCACAGGGCCGGUCGACUACUCCAAGCGGUACACCUUCAACUGUCACAGCUUCACUCGUUGGUGGUACGCUAUCUUGGCCAUCAACAUCGAGUGUCUCGAAAGCGAGUGGCGCUUCAAUACCUGCUACGACGGCGGUUGUUGUGGUAUAUCAGACCGUUACCGUCGUGGGCUCCCUUCCGCUGCAACGCGCCAAAACCUCUCAGCCGAUGACAGGAGGCGGCAUCAACUUCUGUGGUGUGGCCGGAUCAGCUUGUUUUCGUGCUCUUGACGAGUCAACGCCAGUGGAAACUAGCUUGCCAAUCCAAAUUGGCAAUAUAGUGCCGCGACAGGUUGAGGAGGUCGUGGUCGAGAUGUCAACUGUCUAG